GGUACUCUCGCAUUACCAUGGGGAAUUUCAUGUCGACUGACUGCAUUCUCGACGAAGAGACGAUUACCAAUUAUUGCGAAUUAACAUACUUGAGGAAGAAGGAAAUACGGUACAUUAUCAAGCUGCUUGACGAUAUAAAGCCAGGACUACUUCGCGUGAAUCCUCAACAUCGCUUCACUAUUGCAGAAAUUGAUGCAAUACUACCACAAAUUCGAUGUAAUCCAUUUCGUGAUUCGAUAUACCGAGUAUUUUCUUCGAGGAAAGAUAAUCGCAUGAGCCUGGAGGACCUUCUCGACUUAUAUUCAGUCUUCUCCGAAAAUUGUCCUGAUAACGUUCGUGCUAGUUGGGCAUUUCACAUCUAUGACUUCGACGGCGACAAUCAAAUCUCAUUGAGCGAUUUGAUGGAGACUGUGAACAGGCUGACAUGGAGUUACCAGAACGAACAUAGCGGCAUUGAUGUGGCGGAUGUGGAGCACGUUGCGAGAAUGGUACUUCAAGAAAUGGUGUUCAAUGACCUGACAAGCAUUUCCUGCGAAGAAUUUAUACGUUUCACUUCAAGGAUUUCGGAAUUCUCGUCAACAUUUCACUUCAAAAUAUAA